AUGGCUCCCACCACAUACCCCGUUCUACCGGAGAAGCUUCUCCUCAUCUCGCUGAAGAUGUACUUCACCCCGGAGCGCACUCUCAGCUACAUCCGCAGCCUCCUGGACCCCGCCAACGAGAUCGUUCGCCCGCAGAAUCGGGACAAGCUCCUCCUCGCCCUGAUCCCGGAUUUCCUGACUUUGUGGCCCUGCGCAGAGAUUCUGAAAGAAUAUGAGAGCAAGCUCGCCGCGACCGGCUCGCCGACCUCCCCUCCACCCUUCCUCCUCGGCGCCCAGGACUGCAUGUGGGAAGAGUACGGCGCGUACACGGGCGAAGUCUCCCCGGCCGCCAUCAAGUCCCUGGGCUGCUCGAUCGUCGAGCUGGGCCAUGCCGAACGCCGCGCCAUCUUCGGGGAGACGGAUGACCAGACGGCCCGCAAGGCUGCCGCGGCCUGCGCGCAGGGCAUGGUACCGCUCGUCUGUGUCGGUGAGAUCACCGCCCCCGGUGCAGUCGCCUCCGAGGCCGUCGGCCAGGCCAUCUCCGAGUGCGCGAUCCUAGUGCGCGCUGUGCUUGCUGCUAUCCCGGCAGACGCACCGGUUAUCUUCGCCUACGAGCCCGUCUGGGCCAUUGGCAAGCCCAAGCCGGCCAGCGUCGACCACGUCGGUGCCGUCGUGGAGGGCAUUCGCGGCGUGAUAGGUUCGCGCCCGGGUGCUGCGCGUGUGCUCUACGGUGGCAGCGCGGGACCGGGCCUCUGGGGCGCUGGCGGGCUGGGUAAGGCCGUCGACGGGAUGUUCCUGGGACGCUUUGCGCAUGAGAUCGAGGGCGUGCGCAAGGUUGUCAGUGAAGUGGAGGAGACGCUAGGCGUGGCCUGA